CUGUAUAGAGUGAUGUAGAAGGGUUGCAUGUUUUAUUUCUCACUUCUGUUCUAUCGUGUCUAUUCUGUUGGAUUCAAAGAAUCAAUGAAACAACAUUAUUAUCUGUCAUUCUCUGGUGAAGAUAAACAUCCAAAGUUGACAACAGCCCCCAAAAUGUGGUUCAAUAAUGAGACGUUUGAAGUGAACACCUCCUCAGAGACGGCUGAACUGAACAUGACAUUACUUUCUGUGAUGGAUGAAGAUAUUGCUGAAAAAGGCAUUUUCAUUCCAGGAGACUUAAAAUCUGAUGUAAACUACAAUGCGGAUUAUAAACAGGUCGUCAGAACUGGACAACUCUUCAAAGACUGCAGAACAGAAUGUCACGUUACUGCCUGCAAAAAGUAAUGACGAUCAAACCCUUAAUGACUUCCACAAGACACAAUUUAUUAUUACCACCGUGCUCUUUACACUGGGACUGUUCGGGAACAUUUCCAUUAUUCUUGCUCUGAGAGGAUUGAAAAGCAUUACAUCCAUACUAACUAUCUACUUGGCGAUCAUAGAUACUCUCUCUCUGAUGAGCAAAGACAUUGCCGAUGGCUUGAUCUAUUUGAAUACAGAAAACUUUGGCACUUUGUACUGCGUAGAAUGGCACAUCCCUGUCAAUGUGUUUGUCCUCCUAGGGAACUGGAUUCUAGUCUUACUGUGUACUGAACGCUUUAUCUUAAUCUUUUCACCUUUCCUUUAUCGUUCUAUGGUAACAACCAGAAGAGUGCACGUUACUAUGGCAACAAUGCUAAUCAUUUUUGUUGUUUUUUCCGUUGUCCUCCAUUUUACGACGACGUCUGAUGACUCGCUGAAUCAAUGUAUGAUGUUGAAUAUAUCCGUCAACGUGCGUAGCAUUAUCAUGUUUGUUCUGGUGUAUAUAGCGCCCAUUUUAUUGACCAGCGUUCUUACCGCGUCAGUCAUAGCAAAGCUUCAUUUUUGUAGACAGAAAUCCGUACAUGUCGGUAAAUCAAAUAUUCGCCAGAAAUUGGAAGGAUCGUUAAGCCGGAUAAUGUUAAGUACAGCCAUUUUGUUUGUUACACUAACCUUUCCAGGAACGAUCUAUUUCUGUCUGAUUUGGCCUACUUUAGACUAUCAAGGUGUGAACACAGUUCUUGAUAUAACCCUCACUCUGUUCAUUGAUUCAACACAUAUUUUAAAUUUUGUGGCGUAUUUGAUAUUUGUUGAACCAUUUCGAAAAUCUUUUAGACGAAUAAUGACAAGAGGACCAAUGUAGGUUUACCGCGAGAUUUAAAUAAUUUAAUACUAUAAUACUAAAUACUACAGUUUCACCAGCAUCCCCUUCACACUUUCCAAAAGAUAUUCUUUUUGAACCAAAUUUUUAUAACAAUAAGAUGGAUUCUCGAUUUUACAUAGAGUGCUAAAAAGAAAUAAUAAAAAAGCAUAGAUGGCUGAACCAGACCUUGCUUUGGAAAACCCAAUAGACUGUUACUAAAAUUUUGUAGAAUUAUUCAUUUGAAUUCUUCUGCGCCGUCCUUGCAAUUUAUU